CCUGCUUAAAAUACCUAAAAUGCGCGUUAGCGUUUUAGUGUUGUGCGCCUUGAUUUGCCUCUUCGUUGUUUUGGCAGAGGCCAGGCAAAGGAGGGAAAACCAAACCGGAGCCAGAUCCUUGGAGCGCAGACAUGGAAACAGGAUUCGGGAAAACGUAGGACAUCAGGAAAACGUUGCACGUCGGGGAAACGUUGGACGUCGGGGAAACAGACUGGCAGCCAGAGGGAAGAAUUCGCGAAGAAGGCGACAGAAUGCGGCAAGGAAGAACAGGAAGCGGCGCAACUUGGCCAAGAAGAAGAACCAUAGAACCAAGGCCAAGUCCCGUCGAGAAGGCACGUCCACCGCCAGUAGUGGUUCCAGUUACGCCGUUCUGCCACUGGACUUCGAUCAGAACUACAUGCGAACCACCGACAGCAUCCAGUUCGAAAGGGUGUUCCUGGCCCAUCGCUAUGGCUUGAGUUUUGCCGCAACCACCGGAAGAACAGCUUUGGCCAAUACGGGCAACAUGCAGUACACCUGCAAGGGAUUCAUUGGCGGUCAGAAGUUCAUCUUCCUGCCGGACACCGGAAGUUCCAAUAUCUGGGUACCAGGACCUCACUGCGAGAGCAAGGCCUGCAAGGUGCACAAUCGCUACCAUCCUGGCAAGUCGAGCACCUACGUGAAGAACGGUACGGCCUUUGCCAUCGACUACGAGUCGGGAAGUGUGGAGGGAGUCCUGGCCAUGGACAACAUGAAGGUGGCCGGACUGACGGUCACGAACCAAACCUUCGCGAUGACCACCAAGGAGCCGGGCUCCGUCUUCGUCAAGUCCAAGUUCGAUGGCAUAUUGGGUCUGGGCUAUCAAUCGAUUUCGGUGGACAAUGUGAAGACCUUGGUGCAGAACAUGUGCUCGGAAGAUGUGAUCACCACCUGUGUGUUUGCCAUCUGCAUGAGGGGUGGUGGCAGCUCCUCGAGGGGAGGAGCCCUGAUCUUCGGCUCCACCGACACCAGUGCCUACACUGGAUCGCAUAGCUACACCUACACCCCGGUGACCAAACAGGGCUACUGGCAGUUCAAGCUGCAGGGAAUCUACGUCGGCGGCACCAAAGUGGGUGGUCCCAUCCAGGCGAUUGUGGAUUCCGGAACCUCUUUGAUAACGGCUCCCCCUAGAAUCUAUAAGAAGAUCAACCAGAUCCUCGGAUGCACGGAGACCUCCAGCGGAGAGUGCUGGAUGGAGUGCUCCAAGGCAGUCCCCUACUACGAGUUUGAGGUGGCGGGCGUGAAGCUCCGCCUCCCGGGACACAAGAUGAUGAUGAGGGUCAAGACCAAGAAGGGCAGAACCAUUUGCCUUUCGGCGGUCACCUUGCUUGACGGUCCGGUGAUCCUGGGCGACUCCCUUAUCCGUCACUACUGCGUAAUCUUCGAUUUGGCUAAAAACCGCAUCGGAUUCGCUGCCACCACUUACUCCAAUUAG